UCCUGGUUUCGCUCAAAACUAUCGCCUUCGUGAACGAAGAAUCGCGAUACAGUUGCCAAUAGAGUUAGCCGGGAAGUCAACGACAGGAUCGCGACUUACAGAGGCAACCGAAACUUGCAUCUUUCUCGUCCUUCCGCUCGGCUCCUACCGGAAACCAUUGAGGAAGGCCCCUUACAAGUAACGUAGACCCUAUUGAUCAGUUCCUCUCACUCUCCUCGGCGCAUCGAGAAUGGUGGAGAUUGUGGUGUCCUUUUCCGCCGAAAGCCCUCCUCUCGCGGUCAUCGCCGCGGCCAGGAUCGCUGGAGUACCUCUCACAAUCGAUCCAAGCCUCCCUCCGGCUUCGGCUAGCCUUUUCCGUUUCUCUUCAGGAAUUAAAUUGCAGGGAACAAACACUCUCUUGCGUUAUCUUGGGAGGGUCUCAAAACUUUCCGAUUUCUAUGGUAAAGAUGCAAUAGAGUCAUCUCAGAUUGAUGAGUGGCUUGAAUAUGCUCCAAUUUUUUCAUCUGGUCCACAAUUUGAGGGUGCAUGCAUGCAUGUAGAUGAGUAUCUUGUUUUGAGGUCCUUUUUGGUUGGGUAUAGCCUUUCUAUUGCUGAUAUAGCAAUAUGGUCAGGUCUCGCUGGCACUGGACAGAGGUGGGAAAGUUUGAAGAAGUCGAGGAAGUUCCAAAAUUUAGUCCGUUGGUUCAACUCUAUAGCUGAAGAAUAUAGUUCCUUGAAUGAAGUCACAGGAAUAUAUGUUGGCAAGAGGGGGCUGGGAAAAUCUCCCUCUACUAACCUUCCCCGAACUUCCAAAGGAAAUGAAGAACCAUUGAUAAAUGGUGAAGUAAAUCCUAGGGAGAAGGUUCUUCCUUUUGAAGUUGAUCUUCCUGGUGCAAAGGUUGGAGAAGUUUGCUUGCGGUUCGCCCCAGAACCAAGUGGAUUCCUACACAUUGGGCACACAAAGGCAGCUUUGUUAAAUCAAUAUUUUGCCCAUAGAUAUCGAGGACGGAUGAUUAUUCGCUUUGAUGACACAAACCCUUCAAAGGAAAGCAACGAGUUUGUAGAAAACCUUUUACUAGAUAUUGAGACAUUGGGCAUCAAAUAUGAUGCUGUUACUUACACUUCAGAUUACUUUCCACAGUUGAUGGAAAUGGCUGAAAGGUUGAUAACCAAGGGAAAAGCUUACGUAGAUGCUACACCUAGGGAGCAGAUGCAGAAGGAAAGGAUGGAUGGGAUUGAGUCAAAGUGUAGGAAUAAUAAAGUUGAAGAGAAUCUUUUGCUGUGGAAAGAGAUGAUUGUAGCUUCUGAAAGAGGGAUUCAGUGUUGUGUACGAGGUAAACUAGAUAUGCAGGACCCAAACAAAUCCCUUCGGGAUCCUGUUUACUAUCGCUGUAACCCGGAUCCUCAUCAUCGUGUUGGUUCUAAAUACAAAGUCUACCCUACAUAUGACUUUGCUUGCCCAUUUGUUGAUUCUGUUGAGGGUAUAACACACGCCCUUCGUUCAAGCGAAUAUCACGACCGUAAUGCACAAUACUACCGUAUACUCGAUGAUAUGGGACUAAGAAAAGUGCAAAUAUAUGAGUUUAGCCGACUUAAUAUGGUUUAUACGCUUUUGAGCAAGAGGAAACUUCUUUGGUUUGUCCAGAAUGGGAAAGUGGAAGGGUGGGAUGAUCCACGAUUCCCAACUGUGCAGGGAAUAGUUCGUAGAGGUCUAAAAAUUGAGGCUUUGAUUCAGUUUAUUCUUCAGCAGGGUGCUUCCAAAAAUAUAAACCUUAUGGAAUGGGACAAGCUGUGGACCAUCAAUAAAAAAAUCAUUGAUCCCAUAUGUCCGAGGCAUACUGCUGUGAUUGAAGAGAGGCGAGUAAUUUUUACCUUGAUUAAUGGCCCUGAGCAUCCAUUUGUUCGAGUCCUACCAAGACAUAAGAAAUUUGAGGGUGCUGGGAACAAGGCCGCUACUUACACUAAUAGGAUAUGGCUGGACUAUGCGGAUGCAUCAUCUGUGUCAGAGGGAGAGGAAGUAACUUUGAUGGACUGGGGGAAUGCUAUUAUUACAGAAAUUAAGAAGGAAAAUGGCAGCGUGAUCCAUUUGGUUGGGGUUUUGCACCCAGAAGGCUCAGUGAAAACGACAAAGUUGAAGCUUACAUGGCUUCCUGACACCGAUGAGCUAAUUAGUCUUUCAUUGGUUGAAUUUGACUACCUACUAAAGAAGAAGAAGCUGGAAGAAGGUGAGGACUUCCUUGACAAUCUCAAUUCAUGCACAAGACGAGAGACUGCUGCUCUGGGGGAUUCCAAUAUGCGUAAUCUGAAGCGUGGAGAUGUGAUCCAGCUCGAGCGCAAAGGCUAUUUCAGAUGUGACGUCCCAUUCGUUCGCCCUUCAAAACACGUGGUUCUAUUUGCGAUUCCUGAUGGCAGGCAACCCACCUCUUUGAACUGAACUUAAACCCGUUUGCUAUAAUUUAAGCUUUUAUUAAGGGGUUUAUAAGGAAUUUUAAUCGAUGUUAGCUGCAGCUUUUGGUUUUGAAGAUACGAGGCCAGAUUGAUUUAUUUUGACUGUUUAGAGCUGGUUUUUCUCCUGCAGAAAAAAAGCCAAAAAGAUUUCUGUUGUUGUAUUGCUAAAUACUGUUAUCAACUAAUAUGAUGAGAGGGUACUGAUUUUGGUGCCCUUUGUUAUGUGUUGUUUUUGUUUUUUACAUGAUUCAUGUAAGAUACUGAAUCAUUUUUAUGAUUUAUAUUUGGAAGCUGGAUGUUGUUCGAA